AUGCAAUCAUUCAAGGCGGUGUUUUUCAAGCCGGAUCCCCAGGAGCAGAAGCGGAAGUGCAGCAACAUUAUCCGCAAAAAUGUUCGCGCCUUGGACCGUGACAUUAACAAUCUCAAAGUGACGGAGCAAAAGACGAAGACAUUGAUUCUAAAUGCGUCAAAAAGAGGACAAAAGAACCCGUCGCAGGCCAAACAGGGCGCAGCCGAAGCCCGAAUAUUUGCCCGCGAGUUGAUCAGGAUCCGGAAACAGGCGGCAAGAUUACACACAAGCAAAGCACAGCUGCAGAGUGUGGAGAUGCAGGUCAAUGAAGCUUUCUCUGUGCGCAAGAUCGAAGGCAGUCUUAAGGCUAGUACGGGCAUUAUGAAGGAUGUCAACACCCUGGUUCGGUUGCCCGAGUUGACGGGCACGAUGCAAGAACUUAGCCAAGAAUUGAUGAAGGCGGGGAUCAUCGAAGAGAUGGUCGACGAUGUUCUGCCCAAUGACGAGUUGUUGGAGGCAGAAGACGAGGAGGCAGAGACAGAAGUUGAUAAAGUGCUGGGAGAGGUUCUCAAGGGGAAACUGGCUACUCCUACACAGCAGGUACCACAACUCCCUGUGGAGGAAGAGGAGGAAGAAAACAACGAGGACAGAGAGGCAGAGCUGGAGCAGAUGCGAGGGAGGUUAGAAGCACUGAAGAGUUAG